GCUUUUAUCGAUCUGCAAUGAUUAACCGAGCACCGCUUGAACUCGACGGAAAGUGUACUUGAAAACGAAAGUCGUAAAACUGCAUAAGCAUUAUCGAUUUGGAAAACUUUCAUGCGCCUGCUGACUCGUUUUCUGUGAACGAUAUGCGGUCGAAGUUUUUAAAGUGAAUUUCUCUCUUUAGCGGAAGAAAGAGAAAAAAAUACUAUUUUCGGCCUGUUAUACAUAAAACGUAUGACUAUCUCAAACGAUACGAAGCACUUGAAUUCAUAUAAAGAGCGCAGAUUAAUAUCAAUCAGCAGCUCUGGUACUUGAUCGGAGCCGUCGUGGGACAUGUCUGCACAGUAGUAGCAGUAGAACGUGCAGCAAAGCAGAAUCAGCAGGAGGGCAGUAGGUAUUACGCGCGCUAAGUGGUCGGAUUGACUCGGGCCUCAAGUUUAUCUGCCAAGCCAAGUGUUGUGAUAAACUUUUUCCUCUAGUACAGUAGCGAUCGCGCGAACAUAUCAUAGCAAUCCGAGCAAUUUACCAAUUAGCCAUGUCUAUCCAACAAACAACUAAACUUGGCCUAGUGCAAACACCAUUAGCGUCCAGCAAUGAUCAACAGUUCAAAUUGGUACCCAAAAUCAUUAAUGGAGGUAUCGCUGGAAUUAUUGGAGUCUCCGUGGUUUUUCCUCUGGAUCUUGUCAAGACCAGACUACAAAAUCAAGUUGUCGGGCCUAAUGGCGAAAAAAUGUACAAAUCAAUGUUUGACUGCUUCAAGCGUACAUAUCAUGCUGAAGGUUAUUUAGGGAUGUACAAAGGGUCGGCUGUUAACAUCCUCCUUAUUACUCCAGAAAAAGCUAUCAAACUUACAGCUAAUGAUACUUUUCGCCAUUAUUUAUCAACAGGACCUGGUGAACCUUUACCAUUGAUUCGAGAAAUGAUUGCUGGUGGUUCAGCUGGAGCUUGUCAAAUUGUAGUUACUACACCCAUGGAAUUAUUGAAAAUUCAAAUGCAAGAUGCUGGUAGAGUUGCUGCUGCAGCGGCAGCCAAGGCUAGUGCUGAUGGCAAACCAGCACCAGCUAAAAAAGCCUCAGCUUUAGCACUAACAAGAGAGCUUUUACAAAAAAGAGGAAUUUUGGGUCUUUAUCAGGGUACUGGGGCGACUGCUCUCAGAGACAUUACAUUCUCAGUUAUAUAUUUUCCAUUGUUUGCAAGAUUAAAUGGACUCGGUCCAAAACGUCCGGAUGGAUCAUCCGUAUUCUGGUGCUCAUUUUUAGCCGGUUGCGCUGCAGGUUCAACAGCUGCAUUAAUGGUAAACCCAUUUGAUGUAAUUAAAACUAGACUCCAAGCUAUUAAUAAAGCACCAGGUGAACCAACAUACAAUGGAGUCAUCGAUUGCAUUGGGAAAACCCUUAAAAACGAAGGUCCUACAGCGUUUUUCAAAGGUGGUGCUUGUAGGAUGAUUGUGAUAGCUCCGCUAUUUGGAAUUGCACAAACCGUCUACUAUCUAGGCGUAGCGGAAAAACUGAUGGGUCUACAAUAAAUGGAAAAUCUUAAAACGAAAUAAUUAUGAUAACUUUAUAUUGUUAAGGAUGAUUGUAAGCGUCUCUCUAAGUGUGCGUUAUCAUACGUCCAAUAGUCAAUUGCUCGAUACAAAUGACAAUAAUUAAUGUUACGGAAAUGAAUCAAUAUUCCUAAUGAGCCAAGUCUCUUGAAAGCUUAUUUGUCGUAUGUAAGAAAUUGAUCUAUUUAUGUAGUCUUUCUGUGAAAUCGUUGAAGAGUAUACGUGUAUGAUAAUAAUUAGAAAGCAUGGAUUAACUGCUUAUCAAUUUUUGCUGGGGGCAAUUUAUCAUGUAAAGUCAUGAAUCUUGCACUCACUUGCUCUAUAUAUACAAAUAUACAUGAAAAUUUUUGAAAUUUUAAAACUUUAUGAUGCAUUUGAGUUAGAUGCAUCAAAUGAACUGCCUGUGAAUCGUUUCUGCGUUUUGAGAAUAUUUAUUCUGUAUAUUCCCACAGUUCUUCCAUUGAAGUUGUAAAAGUGUUGUUGUGAUUUUUCGCACACUUAUUAACUCAAAAAAUAUGACAAAAAAUAUUUAAUUAUUGUAUCGUUAUUACUGGUUCAACCAGAGGCGUUAAUAUGUAUAUAUAAUGUACGACAUAUCUUAUAUUUAUGUGAAAUCGUUGAUAGAAAUUAACUUUAACUAGCACAUUAAUUUUUAAUCUAAUUUUAAACUUUCUGUAAUUGUUAUCUCGUGUGAAGCUGUUUUCUCUUUUUAUUUUAUGAUACAUUCAGUGCAGCUUACUAUCAAAGUACAUAUACUAAGUUUAUAUAAUAGUUUAAUGCUGGAAUAUUAAUCAUCAAAUAGUUCAUCAAUCAAAACAAUAGAGACUUCUUGGGAUAUGUAGUAAUGAAUGAGUUCCUAUUAUAUAUUAGAUGAGUAACAGUAACAGAAAAGUAUUUUUUCGUGAUUUUUAAUUUUUUAUUAUCAUUUUAACUGAUUUAUUAAUACAUCAUUGUUUAUAUUUUUAAUGUUUGUUAUAGACUCAAUUUUAUGUACAAUCAAAUAACAUUCCUUGAAAAGUA